AUUGGUGAGUCAGGCUGCAACUUCUGAGCACAUACCAGCCUCUUACAACAUCUCUAGUAACCAAAGAUGGCACCCAAGGUAGCAAAGAGAAGGCCUGGCGGCUCCACCAACGUCACCUCAUUAUUUGACCAGACCCAGAUCCAGGAGUUCAAGGAGGCUUUCACCGUCAUUGACCAGAACCGCGAUGGCUUCAUCAGCAAAGACGACCUGAAGGACACCUUUGCCGUCAUGGGCUGCAUUAACGUGAAAAAUGAAGAACUGGAAGCCAUGCUAAAGGAAUCCAGUGGUCCAAUCAACUUCACCUCCUUCCUGACCAUGUUUGGCGAGAAGCUGAAGGGGGCUCACCCGGAAGACGUCAUCACAUCCGCCUUCAAGGUUCUGGAUCCAGAGAGCACGGGCACCAUCAAGAAGGAAAUGCUUGAGGAGCUGCUGCUAACCCAGUGUGACAGGUUCUCCAUUGAGGAGAUCAAGAACUUGUGGACUGCCUUCCCCCCUGAUGUGGCUGGCAACGUGGACUACAAGAACAUCAGCUACAUUAUUACCCACGGCGAGGACAAGAACGAAUAAAUAGACUACACUGGCAUGGGGCCUACCGAUGGGACCAGACUCACUAUAGGAACAAAUGUUAUCAACGCUUACCAAACCAAGAUGUCUUACAAAUCUCAUGGCUUUUCCUUGUCUGUCAAGAGUGAAUUCAAUGCCAAAUAAAUGUUACUGUUUCUAUGUUACUGUUUUCCAACCGGCAUUGUAAAAUGGUGUGAUGCAGCGUAAACAUUCAUAUUAGCAAUUU